AUGGAGAUGUCUGCGUGUGCAGGAGGCCUGGGGAUGUCUGGUAACCGGCAGCACUCUGGCACGGUGAAGAGGAGGAGGUGGGGAGGUCUGAGGCAGCAGUGGAAGCUGCUGGGAUUGUUUGAGAUCGAUCAGCAGCACGAGUUCUACGGCCUGACCUGCAUGAUGAAGGAGGGAUUGGCAGCAGCCACCCAAAAAACCAUUGACAAUGCACCUACAAAUGAUCUGUCAGAUGAAGAUUUCAGAUCAGAGGUCACUCGGAUUCAUAAGGAUUUCACAAUGGAUACGUUUGCAGGCCCGGUGUUUGCCAGCCUGCGGUGCUCUUUAGGAAUGACGGAGCAGGAGUACCAGCAGUCGCUCUGCUCUGAAAGCUUCUACCUUCAGUUCAUCAGCAACUCCAAGAGCAAGGCCGACUUCUUCCUCACAAAUGAUAAACGCUUCUUUUUGAAGACCCAGAACAAAAGGGAAAUCAAAUUCCUUCUGGCCAACCUGAAGAUCUACAUGGAACACCUGAGGAAAUAUCCCCAUUCACUGCUGGUCAAGUUCCUCGGUGUUCACAGGAUCAAAAUCCCACAUAGACGGAAGAAGUACUUCAUCGUUAUGCAAAGUGUGUUUUAUCCUGAUGAUCGAAUCAAUGCAAGGUACGACAUUAAAGGCUGUGAGGUGAGUCGUUGGACAGAACCUGCACCAGAGGGAAGCCAGAUCAUUGUGGUUCUCAAAGACCUCAACUUUGAAGGCCAGCACAUCACUCUGGACAAGGAGCGUCCAUGGCUCCUGCGGCAGGUGGAGAUCGACACACACUUCCUCCGAAGACUCAACGUGUUGGACUACAGUCUCCUGCUGGCCCAUCAGCCCUUACACCGCGACGAACGCCAUGAGAGUCUCUCCUUCGCUACGCUCAUCAUCCGAACCAAAAAGUCUGUGACUCCAGGCUCCAGCCCAUUCCACACAGACGUAGCUGCUCUCCCCGGGGCAGUCCCAGAAGAUAACUCUGUCUCUGAAACAGACGGAUGUUUGAAGCCAUCACAAGCAGGAGUUGCAUCAAGUGGUGGCACAGUCCAAACAUGCCCGGCGAUUGCAGGUCCGGGCAGUGACGCAGCUGAGCUUCCAGAUUUCAGGGCCCAAAACCGACGCUUACUGCCCAACCUAAAGAAUCCUCUACAUGUCAUCGACGGGCCCGAGCAGCGCUACUUCAUCGGUAUCAUUGACAUUUUCACAGUUUACAGUUUUAAGAAGAGGCUGGAGCAUUUAUGGAAGAUGCUGAGACAUCCGGGCCGGUCCUUCUCCACCGUCAGUCCACAGACUUACUGCCUCAGGCUAUGUCAAUGGGUGCAGGACCACACCAAGUAGACCUCGGACGAGUGGCAGGGACUGAACCACCACCUCUCACUGAGCUAGUCAACCAAAAUCCACAUACAUGCACACACGAUUUGUUCAAAUACUUUCAUCUUUCCACAUACUCAAAGCACCUCUAUGGCUUUAUAUUUGUAUCUCAUUUACAAAUUUUCAGCACAGAAAAAUCUGGGGGUUCACCCUGGACAGGUCUGCAGACUAUCACAGGGCUGACACAUAGAGACAGACAACCAUGCACGCUCUCAUUCACUCCUACGGGCAGUUAAACCUAACCUGCAUGUCUAUGGUCUGUGGGAGGAAGCCGGACGACCUGGACAGAACCCAUGCUGACACGGGGAGAACAUGCAAACUCAGAAAAGCCGCAAACUCAAUUCCUCCUGCACGGUGUAGCCCUGCACAGAAAAAUAUCUAUGUAAAUUUUGUUUUUUAGAUAAAUUAAUAGCUCACAAUGCAUUGAGACUGGUGAAGGGAAAACAGAAGUUCAUUUUGUUCUCACAUAAUGUAGUGGUGUGUUUUCGCUGCAGGGUGCAGAAAGAGGGAUCAGUAGAACAGGGAUAUGUAAAAAAAAAAAAAAUAGCACAAAUAUAACAUAAGAAUAAAUAUAAAAUAGGCAAGGGAGGAUGAUUUAAAAGUAUAGAACAACAUCAACAAUAUACUAGAUGUGGGCGGAUAUAAACAAGAUGUAAACAGGAUGUAGUGAAUAUUGAAAUGUACAGUCUGACAAAAUAAAAAAAAUCACCAAAAUUACAGACUCCAAUUCUCCAUUUGGGUGAAAUUGUGACACAUUGUAACACUUUGAACACAUUGAAAUGCUGUAUAAACUUGAGUAUAAAUGUAUAUACUGUACCAUGGAUGUUGAGGGAGCAGGAAAGCCACUAUGUAUGUCCACAGAGUGCAGAGAGUGGGGGAUUUGAAAGAGGUGGAUUUUAGUGAGGGAUAUUAUAGUUACUGACCACAGAAAACCUUUUUUCGUUUGCUUGAAUUUCUCUUUUACAUUUUGCAUUAAAAAAAAAUGUCCGUGUUUAAAAUGUUCCAUUGUGCAUACAGGAAUUGGACACAAAUAUAAAAAAUACAUGGCAUAUUUUUGCAACCUUUAAUUGCAUUUUCACCAAAGAACUUUGAUGAGUUUUUCUGCCCAGACAAAACACAGUGUAGCCAAGGGUUGCACCUUCAAAUGUAGAUAAGAGGAAAUUGCUUUGUUACAGUAACUGUAUAAAAGUAGAAUAGAAAGUCCUUCUGCAAAUAAAAUAAAGGUAAACGCUACACUAAAUAUACAACAAUAUAAAUAAAAAUGUAAGUAUUUAAUCAAACACUGAAAUAAAAACAGAGGUUACAUAAUCUCCGUGGUCUGCCGGCCUCCCUGCCUCAGAUUUCCUCUGCACAUGUUGCCCACACACUCUGGUUUAAAUAACUAUGGUGAAAUAUCUGAUUCAGUCAAAUGACUGUUCAAUGACACACGCCUCAGUGCUUCCCAUGCCGAAGUUGCCUGUACUUCUUCUUUGCCUCCAACUACGCCGGGUGCAGGAAUCAACAGAUUUUGCAGCUGCGAACUCUGUCAAUAUGGUGUGCACUGAGGAAUUUAUUGCUUAAAUUGACUUUAUUUUAUUUACUAUCAACACUGAUUGAAUGUCCCCAUAAAGGGUGUGGGAUCUGGCUUGUAACCUGAAGUUGUGACUGUCUAGGAUGAAACAAAAGUGUGAAAAAACCUUGAUAGAACAUUCAUUCUCCUCUGAAAUUCAACAGUGCCUCUUUAGAAUAUGAAACUUAUUAUUAUUAAUUCACCUGAGUCAGAACAUAAACUACUGACUGGUAAGGUGCCUGAAUGUCUGGAUGGUACAAUGCAGCUGCAUAUCAGUUUUUAUGUCUGUUUUACAGAAAUCUUUCUUUGCUGUUUUAUUUUUAUGCAAUGGAUCAUUUCACAUUUUGUCUGCAGACACUGUGAGAGGUAUGUUGAGUAAUCUCCGCCUCAUGUAGUAAGUAACUAGCUACGUUCACACAGCAGGAAAAAGUAUUUUUAGACUUUUUCAAAUCAGACUUAGGGCCUCUUUCAUAUGUGUUCCUAAAUCUGAUACAAGUCCAGUGUUUUCCAGUUUGACCUCAGUCUGAACAGUCACUUUUACGUCACUCGAGAUUGACAAUCAAGGAGAAGAGUCUAGUUUGAGACGUAGAUCCCUUCGCUCUACGUCUCAAAGCAGACUCUUCUCCUCUGUAGUGCCCCGGUGGUGGAACGAACUCACAAACUCCAUUCGAUCUGCUGACCUUCUCAGUCUUUACGAAGAGACUAAAGACCCAGCUCUUUUCUGAACACCUUCACACUUGAUAUACACAGCUGAGGACCAUAAAAAUAAAAAAACUAAUAAAUAAAUAAAAUAAACUGUUCGCACUGACCGCUCGCACGACCUAAAAGCACUAAACUAAACCCACCGUACUUACUCCUGUGUUGUUUCUUGACUUCAUCUUUGCUUGUGUUUUAUUAACCCUCAAAUGUACAUCGCUUUGGAUGAAAUGACUAUGUAGAAUUGUAGACAAUCGUCAUAAUUCAGCGCUGGCGGGGGCGGAGUCACUUGGGCGCAGUAUUUGGGGUGAUGCUCCUGUGUUCGAAAGCAUAUAAAAAUAAACGGGGCAUGUCACGAUCCCACACACACCUCCGUACAGCUGUAGCAGCCAUUGCUCCACAAAAAGCCAUUUUUAAACAUUUAAACAGGUUUCCAUCUGCUCAUAACUUUGCCUACUUGGUGUUUACUUUUGCACACAGCCUGCUGCGUGUGACGUCUCUGUUGUUCUUCCGCUCAUGCAUUGAGCAGUUCACCCUGGAGUCGAGCAAAAAAAAUCAAAAUUGAGCAUUUAGACCUGCAGUGUGAAUGUAGCCUGAGCUAUUUGUGUGUCAGCGCGGACAAUUCCCCAACAAGGGAAGUAACGUCAUGAUCAUCUCAGACAAGAAAGCUCAAGUACUGCAGCCUCAGCACGACAUGUAGCUUUAUCUUGUAUUGUAUAUUCAGAUGUCAAACAACCCCUGUGGAAUCCUUCUGCAGUAUGUAUGAAAUGCAUGCAACGCAUUUGGAGUAUACCACAUCAAUGGUGAAUGCAAUUAUUUCUAACUGCAUAACAUUCUGUUAAUUACUACAUAGUCAUCAUGCAGUUGUUCAGUGUACACAAAUGUAUUUUAUUCAUAAAACCAAAGGAAAACAAUUCUGAAAAUCUACCACUAAAGAGAAAAUAACGUUUGGAUGGGACUUGUUUACAACUCUGAAAGAAAACGACAGGUGUGACAAGGAGCAGGAUGAACUCCUGUUACCAUGGUGAUAAUGCUACAGAAUAAUGAAACUGUACGAAUCAAUGUUAUAAAAUCACAAAAUCAAAUAGCUCUGAAAAUGUUGAAAAAAUUAAAAAUGAUUUCCAACUUUUUGAUGGUCCUAAAGUUGAUCAUGUGAAACUAACGCUUCUAUCAGAAAAGUAACCAGAUAAAAGCUUAAUGUUGAUGUUUCUUCAUUCAUUGCUUGCAGAGGUUGAGUACAAUGUGUUUCCCCAUGUUUCA